GCAGCCAUACUGAGUAUUAAGCUAAAAUUACAGCCAGAUCAAGAUGUGGAGAAGAUGUGCACGCCGCUGCUGCUCCAGAAUAAAACUAACUUGGUGGAGGACUAUGUGGGAGAAUAUCCUGAGCUCCAGAGCAGGCUCUUGCAGAUCCUGGACACGUGGUGUGAACCUCAUUUUAAUAUCAGAGACAUCACAAGACAAUAUCAAGGCCUGCCCAGAUACAAACCAGAUAAGUUUAACCGCAAAGUGCUAAGCAAGCUGGUCUUCAGGCUCCUGGAGCGAUUUAACGUGGAUCCAGCUCUCUGCCCUAAUGUCAUAAACCAGCGGCACCUGAGAACUCUGAAUUACCUCUUUUACAAGAGGUUUGUUGAGAAAACCAUGAGUCAGGAGAACUGGACAGAUCACGUUCAGAGCACAGUUGGAGAGAACCGAUGGCUUCAGGGGCACCUGCUCCAGUUGCUGCUCAGUCACUGUGACCUGAGCACGGCAGCGAGGUGUGCACAGCGCUGCAACGUGCCCAAGGAGAUGCUGCCUUCUGCAGUGGCUGAUGAGCUUCAAAAGCUCCACAUCCAAGACAGGGUAGAAGAGGCCACAAAAGCAGAUAAUUAUGAAAAGAGUAAGAAGGACUAUUACCAGCUUCCUAUUCCACGGGCAAACAUCCACUUCCUGCAGACGUGGGCAGAGACACUGCAGUGCUGGGAAAAGGUGCUGCGGCCUGGGCAGGUAGUUGGCAUCGACAUGGAGUGGAGACCUUCCUUCGGCAUGGUGGGGAAGCCCCGGGUGUCCCUCCUUCAAAUAGCUCUGAAGGAUGAGGUGUUCCUCUUCGACUUGCCACGGCUCCUUGAGCAAGCUGAGGCAGAGGGUGACAAGGAGAAGCUUCCCCAUUUCAUCCAGAUGCUCUAUUCAGAUGCAACCAUCACCAAGCUAGGUUAUGGGAUGUCUGGAGAUUUUAGCGGCCUUGCAGCCACAUGCUCUGCUUUGAAAGACACAGAUAAACAAGCACAAGGGGUGGUGGACCUGCUCACAGUAGACAAACAACUGCAGAAGAGCUAUGUUGACUGGAAGAAGGGUGGCCAGAACGUCGAUCUGCUGUCCCCAGAGCAGAGCUGUGGGGAUAGGAGGUUCAGGCAGCCGGAGAAAGGACUCAGCCUCUUGGUGCAACAUGUGCUGGGGAAACCUCUAGAUAAAACUGAGCAGCUCUCUAACUGGGAGAAACGGCCUCUCCGGGAGGAACAGAUCCUCUAUGCAGCUUCAGAUGCAUACUGCUUGCUGGAGAUCUACGAUAAACUCUGUAAGGAUCCAGCAAGCUUUGGUCUGAGUUCAGACCUGACUGAGAGUCUGGUGGGAAAACCAAGCAUGAAACCCAGGGCAAAGAAGCAGCUGAAUAAACAAGAAGUACCGUCACCUUCUGCACAGCAGUGUGAAGGAUGCCAGGCACAGCCCCCGUGUGCCCCCAGCCCCAUCUCCCCACGGGAGCUCAGCGUGGUCUGUGAUAACAUGCUGCAGGGCCUGGGGCGCUACCUGCGCUGCCUCGGCGUGGACGUCCGCAUGCUGGACAGUGAGGAUGACCACAGGAAAGCUGCUGAGAUUGCCCGACAGGAAGGAAGAGUCAUUUUAACCUCUGGACUCCCAUAUCAGACUCUGCAGUCCCAGGUAGCAGAAGGAAGGUGUUUCUCUGUGAACUGCUCAGAGAAGGCGAAGGAACAGGCCCUGCAGGUUCUGAAGCACUUCAACGUCCAGGUGUCCCUGGCAGACAUCUUCAGCCGCUGCCAG